AAAUAAAAAAAUAAUAGGGACACUCUUGCACAAAUUGACUAAGUCCCACGGUAAGCUCAAGAAGGCUUGUAUUGUGAGUACUCAGACAAUGAAAUUUCUAAAUCAAAGGUUUCUUUGGAGGUCUCGGAAGGAGACAUAAAAUAAGUAUGUUAUCUUUACUAUUCCGUAGUUUUUGAGACUAGUAAAUUGUAAUUGAUGAUCUUUCGCUGUUAUACACCCUCCACACUUGGAUUUAAGAAAGUAGACAAUAAUAUAUCAAAAAUGAUUUCGUAGUUUUUUAGACUAGUAAAUUGUAAUUGAUGAUCUUUGGCUGUUAUACACCCUUCACACUUGGAUUUAAGAAAGUAGGCAAUAAUAUAUCAAAAAUGAUUUCGUAGUUUUUUAGACUAGUAAAUUGUAAUUGAUGAUCUUUGGCUGUUAUACACCCUUCACACUUGGAUUUAAGAAAGUAGGCAAUAAUACAUCAAAAAUGAUUUUCUUUAUUCUUUGCCAAACGCAGUCAAGCUACUAUGUCGCUGUUCGCUCGGUGCUUCCUAUUGGAUAACAUUGAUUUCCCAACUUCGAAUCUACGUAUCACAACAUUUCAUCCCAUCAACCCACCAAUGAAAACGCUGUACAGUUAUAAAAACUACCAAUCAGGAGCAUUGUUUUCAAACGUACGAAAUGAUACGCAGUGUUGGCUCAAAUCUGGUAUUUCGGAGGUUUUUCUUUUUUUAAAUAACUUAUACUACUGUAAAAGAAAUAAAAAGGUGAUGAAAUAUAAUAAUGUUCAGUGUUCUAACAAAUAUGGUGCUCAUGUAUGUGGAUAUUGUGUUAUUACUGAUUUUGCUGUGCCUAAUAUUAUGUAUGUGCACGUACUGCGUCGUUCGGAUACGAAGGCUACAGCAAAACGGACAGGUGACCAUUUUGCUGCGACCGACUAAAGUUAUGUUCUCACACAAAAAUGAAGAAAGUGGAAAGGAAGAGUUAAGAACCGUAGUAGCCUACCAGAACCCGUUUACCGGGGACUACUGCGUGAACAAAUCCCGCCCUCCUAAGGGCUACCUCAACGCCCUGUCGAUGCCGUCACCCGAGUCCACGGACAGCGGAGUUUCCGAAGAGUACGAGCCUUUGAAGCCUUUGGAUGGGAGGAAGGAGGGAGACUAUGGACCUUUUAACAUUCAUGAACACGGGACUCUUCAGAGCGUGGGCGACGUGAACAGCGUCAACAAAACCUGGAACUGGAACUAUAAGGAGUACCAAAUAUAAGUCACAUCAAAUGUACUGUAUUCUUAGAACAUAUGGUGAGUGACCCUUCUGCAUUCAGUAAAACAAAAAUUGUGUGAUUAUUAAUCAUUGUAUAAAGAAUUUAUAAAAUGGAAUAAAAUCCAUCUGUUUUGUCUCGCAAAUAACUUCCCUUGCUCAUACCUUAGGUAUAUCUUAUUGUUACAGAAUUUCCUAAUGUAGGUAUUGUAGUUACAUAUAUACAUUUAUUUUACCCAAAUUGUAUUUACAAGGAACAUAUUACUAAAUCUAUUAAAUAUAUGCGGUAAUUUAGAAUACGCAUAUACCGGGUGUGGUCUGUAAUACAAGCAUUAUAAUUAAAACAUAUUAUACUCCUCGAACGAUAAAACUUUUAAUUAUUAACAAGCAGAAACGUUUGCGAACGACGCUAUUAAGCUUAAAAUAAGUGGAAAGUUUACUGUCUGUCUGUGCUACUGCCUUGGGUGAGACUUGAUCCAGGGGUCGGGAGUUCAAGUGUCACCCAAGGCAGUAAUUUCUCCACUUUUAAAUUUAUUCUAAGU